AUGGAGAACGAAGAACUGGGAAAGUUUCAAAUUCGCUAUCAAUAUCAGUGGAAUACAGAAUCGGCUGAAGUACCUUUAGACAAUUCUUCAAAUAAUAAACCACUGCUUGGUUGUUCUUUUGGUCAUGCUAAGAAAGCUGAUACUAUUUCCAUUGAAGCAUCGUACCUGAAAUUACGUUACGCUUUAGGGCCUUUUACGAUUGAACAAAUGACAAAUCCAGCUAAUGAAAAAAAAGUUUCAAACUCUUUCAUAAAGUGUGGAUUAACUGUUGCAAUUUUACUAAACUCUGAGUGCAUGGGGAUUUUAGGUCUCAUGAACGUGUUUCAGAAAGCAUCACAAAUGGAAGAAGCUGAACUGUGGGAUAGUUUGAAGAAAGACAAUCCAAAGCAUAAUGAUUUAAAUUUUGAAAAUUCUAAUGAUUUACAUAUUGAUACCAAACCUUUCAUUGAAAUCUCUUUUUUAAGUAAAAUGCCAAAAUACCUUUUAAUCCUCUCGCCUUAUACGUUUAUUAUUGUACCAUUAUUUGAGUCCAAUGAAACGGUGGACUCGAAAAACGUUCAUAUCACGGAUGCUGUUAUAAUAACACAUUCUAAAUGUUUUUAUUCAGUCAAUCUAGCUGAAUUAUGUCUUUUUACAUCGGAUGCACGCUCUUUGGAUAAUACCAAAUUACCGAUUCAUCGUUUAGUAACAGUGAAAGAUUUAAUGGAAUCGUCUACAACGUUUCCUUCUUAUACAUCGUGCUGGUUUUUAAAUAAGCCCACAGUGGAUUGUUCUUUCUUUGAAAUUGAUUUAAGAGACUAUCAUUGGAUUAUUAUCAAUUCUUUAUUGUAUUUAUUAGUUCCAAGAUACAAAGGAGCAGUUUAUACAGUUCAAUUGGUUUUACAUCCAUCUUCACUUAAAUUGUAUGGAAUCCACAUAAAACCUUUUUUGAAAGAAACGUUAUAUUUCUUUUGUGAUUCGCCUCCAGUUCUGUACACUUCCGAAUCUCACCACAGUACUUGUAUGAUUCUUUUACCAGGGCAUCCAAACGAAGCAAAUCCACCAUCACUUUGGAAUAUUCAAUUCGACUACUUUUGGGGUACUCCGCCAAAUGAAAAUUCAGCAACGGAACAAACAAGGGUCUCCACGAGUACCAUUGAAUCAUUUUUUUGGGGUCAUCGACUUCACACAAUUGACCCUAUCAAAAUUUUACCAUUACUACGUAAAAGUUGGUCUCCUAUAUUAAAGUCGAAAAAGGAUGCUUCGGUUUUAUCCUGUAAUACUUUCCUAUCUGGAUCUCACGGAAAUUUAAGAAAAGAAAAACUAUCCAGCGGCUCUUUAGGGAGUUGCUGA